UUGUGAUAGAGGACCUGACGACUCAGCAGAACUACGCCAAACAGCUGAGAAACCUGACAAAGAAGUACACUCCCAAACGCGGCAGCAAGGAGGAACAGGAGUGCCGGUUCGCCAGUCAACAGGCCUUUGUGGACAUCCUGAACGAGAUGAACGACUACGCCGGCCAGAGGGAGGUCAUCGCCGAGACCAUGAUGCUCUCCAUCUGUCUGGAGCUCACCAAGUACCUGCAGGACCUGAAACAGGAGCGCAAAACUUGCCUAUCGGAGGCUAAGAAGGCCCAGCAGACACUGGAGAGCAGCUACAAGCACCUUGAUAAUACUAAGAAGCGCUUUGAGAGGGAGUGGCGUGAAGCUGAGAAAGCCAAUCAGAACGCAGAGAAAGCAGACCAGGACACCAACGCCACUAAAGCUGAUGUAGAGAAGGCCAGGAUGCAGGCGCAUGCGCGCACACACACAGCGGAGGAGUGUCGCAACGAUUAUGCUGCUGAGCUGCAGAAGUACAACAAGGAGCAGAACCAGUUCUACUUCACCGACAUUCCACAGAUCUUCAGCAAACUGCAGGAGGUGGAGGAGCAGCGGGUUCGGAAGCUGGCGGAGGGGUACGUGUCUUUUGCUGACACAGAGAAACGUGUCAUGCCCAUCAUCGGGAAAUGCUUGGAGGGCAUCUCCAAAGCAGGGAACCACUCCUACAGCCACGCAGCGAACGACUCUCAGCUCCUCAUCGAGCAGCACAAGUCCGGGUUCGAGCGGCCGGGGGACGUGGAGUUUGAGGACUACAGCCACGGCAUCAACCGCGCCUCCUCAGAGAGCAGCCUGGGGACCCUCAAGGGGAAGCCUGACCUGCUGACCAAGAACAAGGCCAAACUGUGGCCCUUCAGCAAGAAGAAGCUCCCCCCACCCCCACUCACCCCCUUCUCCACACACCUCGACCCCUCGCCAGCUAAUGGACUCCCCGCCCCCAAAUUCAGCCGGGACCCCCUGUCGUACUGCCUGAAGGAGAUCAAUAGGACGGUUAAACCUCGAAUAUCCUCCUUCAGAACGCUGAGGAGAACGCACGCAGUCUCAGAGGACUUUGCCCACCUGCCUCCGGAGCAGCGCAGGAAGAAGCUGCAGCAGAAGAUGGAUGAAAUCAGCAAGGAGCUGCAGAAGGAGGUGGACCAGAGUCAGGCGCUGGAGAAGAUGAAGGAUGUGUAUGAGAAGAAUCCUCAGAUGGGGGAUGCUGGCAGCCUGGAGCCUCAGAUCUCCCAGACGGCCCACAAUGUGGAGAGACUGCAGGGGGAGAUGCACAAAUACGAGUCUUGGCUAAUAGAGGCGGGAGGUCGAGCUGAAAUCCGACAUGGCUUCAGCAACAACAACUCCCACAACACAUCCAGUCCGGGCAGUACUCGCUCUCAUGAGGAAAAGACGGACUCCCCCCAGGCCAUCUACGAAUUUGAUGAUGACUUUGAAGACGAGGAAGCCUUCGCCCCCAUCGGCCAGUGUACAGCGCUCUACAACUUUGAAGGUUCGAGUGAGGGUACGAUCCCCAUGCGGGAGGGCGAGGUGUUUGCGGUGGUGGAGGAGGACAAGGGCGACGGGUGGACACGGGUUCAGAACUCCAGCGGGGACGAGGGCUAUAUCCCCACCUCCUACGUCAGAAUCAGCCCCCGAAUGUAACCGCGCUAGCCAAGAGCUACACACCUGCCUGCCGUGCCUGGGACUGGUGUGUGUGUGUUUCUGUGUGUGUGUGUAUGUGUCUGGGUGUGUGUGUGCAUGCGUGCGUGCGUACGUGUGUGCAUGCAUGUGCGUGUGUGUCUGUGUCCGUGUGUGUGUCUGUGUGUGAGUGUGUGCGUGGGUGUGGACCUUUUUUGUGCUACAUGGAGUCAAUGCUAUCUUUUGUGUGUGUGUGACUGGGUUAGAAAGGAGUGUGCACAUGUGAGGAUUUGUGUGUUUGUGUGUGCACAUUUGAAUGAUUGGGAUUAAAGAAACACAUUUCACUCACAUACUACCACUUCCUGUUUGAAAUGCAGACCAGUACUUCAAGACAAACAUUUGCAGAAUUUUUUUUGUUGGACGAUCAUAUUUAUGUAAGAAGUAAUAUAUUUUAUCUGUCACAAUACCACUGUCUUAGUUUUUUAAAUCCUCAUAAACCUUGUAAAGGGUUGAGCAGAUGUGUAAAUCUAUCUUGAGGUCUGUUCUUUAGUUUCCUUUUUAUUUUUUGCAAUUUAUUUCCAGAAACGCCAACAGUGACUUUUUCAUCACUGUGGAACAAUUUAGUCGAGUCUGUGACCUGUAUCUACUUUCUCUUUUACUGUAACAGGACAUAGAUGACUUUUAAAAAAAGAAUAAUAAAUGACACGUAUGUAUUUCA